CUGCAAAUGAACGUCUGCGCAGUUCCAGCUUCACCAUGGAUGCGCCUACUUCAGUUCCCGCUGUGCCGGCUUCCCAGGACCAGUCAACGCAGGGCUCUCCAUCUACCCUUCCCACCACUGCUCCAGACACUCCGUCUCCCUCGAUAUCAGACAACCCUAAGCCCCAAUCUGACUCAACAACGACUGGAGGAGAUCGAAGAAACAAACGAAAGGAUCUGGGAAGGAAGGCUUGGAGCCGCCAACCUUUAGAUAGGAGACGACGAAACGAAGAGCAAGCCGCCAAGCGCCGAAAGGCUGAAGAUGGAGAGGAUAUACCGAUAUACGCGACCCAGUUUUCGAAAGAAGACAUUGAGGCGGAUAAGCGACGACCAAAGCGGAAGGUUGCCGUGCUGCUUGGAUACUCGGGUACUGGCUAUCAUGGAAUGCAAAUGAGCGCAAAAGAAAAGACGAUAGAAGGCGAAAUAUUUCCAGCUUUGGUUGCUGCCGGCGCGAUCUCCAAAGCCAACGCGAUGGACCCGAAAAAGUCAUCUUUCGUCCGAUGUGCAAGAACGGAUAAAGGCGUGCAUGCUGCAGGCAAUGUGAUUUCUUUAAAGCUGAUAAUCGAAGACCCCGACCUGGUAAAUAAGGUCAACAACAUUCUCAGCCCGCAAAUUCGGAUAUGGGGUAUCGAGCCGACCAACAAAGGGUUCAGCUGUUACCAAUUCUGCGACUCAAGGAUAUACGAAUAUCUAAUACCGACCCAUUGCUUUUUACCCCCUCACCCGAGUACCUUUCUAGCAAAGAAAUUGCUAGAAGCGGCAGAGAAAGAAGGAGACAUUGGAGACUACAAAAAGCGACAAGAAGAAGUGCUCUCUUACUGGGAAGAUGUCGAUCACGAAUAUAUUAGGCCGAUUCUGAGUACCCUCCCGGAAUCUACACGAUUAAAGGUUCAGGAAUCCCUCUGUAUUAAGGAUCGCAGCCAGAGUAUUCAGAAUGCCGAAGGAAAAGAGGAAUUGGACUGUUCAUCAGACGUCAAUGCUGUCAAAGACGAGAAGGAAGGGGGAAACUUGAAUCCUGGAAACAGUGACUCUGAGGAUCAGAAGAUCAAUGAAGUCAUCAAAACCGUUCGGGCGGCCUACUUCAAAGCGAAAAAAGCCUAUCGGAUUCAUCCUGCUCGCCUAGCUCGCGUCCAAGAAGUGCUCGACUUGUACAUUGGCACGCGAAAUUUCCACAACUACACUAUCCAAAAAACAUUUCGGGAUGCCUCCGCCAGAAGGGUCAUCAAAUCGUUUAAUAUAUCGAAAGAUCCCAUCAUCAUAGAUGGCACAGAAUGGCUCAGUCUCAAGGUGCACGGCCAGAGUUUCAUGAUGCAUCAAAUUAGAAAAAUGGUUGCGAUGGCGGCGCUGGUCGUGCGGUGCGGCACCGAUCCGCAGCGAAUAACACAGAGCUAUGGACCACAGAAGAUACCCAUUCCCAAGGCGCCUGGGCUUGGUCUCCUUCUCGAGCGGCCUAUCUUUGAUACGUACAACAAGAAAGCGACCAACGAACUAGACAAAAACCCGAUCGAAUUCGGCAAAUACGAAAAAGAAAUAGAGGAGUUCAAGAAUAGAGAGAUAUACCAACGGAUUUUCCGCGAGGAGGAGGAAACCAAUGCGUUUGGAAAUUUUUUCAAUCAUAUCGACACCUUCCGCGAAGACUCUUUUCUGUAUGUGACAUCUUCCGGAAUACCAGCGGCGCCAGAGGGUGCGACGCCUUCCACCACGGAAACUGGCAAAGACAAGGAGGCUUUGGCUGAAGUUGAAUCCGAAUCUGAGGAUGAGGUCGUAAAUGGCGGCGAAGAAGGAGGAUGAAGGGGGUUAUGACACUUUCUCGUCGUCUCCUUUCCUCUCCUGAUCAUUAAAUGUAUAUAAUUAAAAUGCUUGCAAUCGAUCUUAAGCCCA